AUUGUAACAAGUUAUGGGCGUCUGAAGAUGCUACACUAGACAAUGGUUCCAUGCGUUAAAUAUCUGUUAGGGCUCUUUCAUGUACAAGCUCCUUCACUAAUUGCUUUGCUUAGUACACAAGUAUGAAGGCCUGCCUACACUGUACCUAUACAUGUAUUGAUUAAUCCACUUUAAUUGAGACUCUUGUUUUCCCACUGCAGGUAUGAGGGCUAAACUGGAUGCCUGUCCUCUCAAAGAGCUCGAGGAUUUUAUUAUUUUCUCGUGUUUUGUUGGACUGGAAAUGGUCCUACCCCCCACAUAGUAUCACAUGUUGAGCAGUAACGAGGUGGACACGUACGGUAGUAACGAGCACCACUUCAGUCUGGCCCACAAGACUUCCCUCCAUGGCCGCCUGCCCAUCAUACAGUUCCUAGUGGAGAGUGGACUGCCCUCCUCCGCACUGCAGAUACCAGAUGACUCAUUCACCACACCCGCCAUGCUCGCUAUACAGGGUGGUUCAGUGGAGUGUCUCCAAUGGCUAGUGGAGGAGGCUAAGAUCCCCUUCCAAGUGAGGGACACUGAGGGAGAGACUCUCAUGCAUCACGCUGCGUUAUAGGGGUGGGCGGAUGUCUGCUCAUGGACUUUGGCUACAGCAUGGUCCACACGGACAGGGAGAACCAGAAGCCGGUGGAUUGGGCCGAUGCUAUGGGUCAGAAUAUCUGUGUCCGCUAUCUCAUGAUGUACGAGACUUGUUGGGCACUCUCCGGAGAACUGACACACAUGGCCGAGCAGCUCGCUAUUGUACAGAAGGAGAAUGGACAGCUACGAGAUGCAUUCUCCAGUCUAGAGAAAGAGCAUGAAUCUGCCAUUACUAAACUGCUGACUAGUCACGAGGAGAGACUGACUAAGAUGAGGGAACAUCACGUCGACCUCAUGGGCAUCAAUACUGCACAUGAACCAGGACACUCCGCCCACUGGAGGGGGAGGGGCUACUGCACCAUCAGCCAAUAAGAACAGGGGUCAGGUACAUGUGCGGAAGGCGCCCCCUGAACCACCCACUACCCCUCAACGAUCCUCCAAUCGUCCCCCUGUACCCCCGGAUCCUGCCGCUAAGAAGAGGUCGCGAGGGUCAAAGGACAGAGGUCAUGAGGCGGCAGAUAAAGGGGAGGACCAUAAUACCAUUGACUAUCGAACAGCCACCCACCAAGAAGUGUUAGAGAAGCAGAUGACGUGAGUAGCUCAGCGUAUGAAUGCUAAUGGAGAGGCUCGUAAACGUGGUGGUGGUAUGACCGGAACCUUCUCCCCCCUCACUCCUAUCAUACAGCACCUCUACAGCAAGUCACAUGAGGCUGAUAGCAAGAGUGAGAGGUCCUCCAGGAGCCAGAGACACACAAAAGACGCUAGGAGAUCGGCUCCGAAAGUCAAGUUCUCUAAAACUAUUACCGAGUUUCCAGACUACAGUCGCUAUGACAACCCGACAGAGAUGAAAUCAGUAUCAAGCCCAGGUCAAAGUCCGUCCCAUAGUCACCAUGGCAAGUUGGUUGGGGACUCGCUGAGGGUCAAAGAUAGUAGAGGAAGGGAUUGGAAACGGGAUCACGUGAGCUUAUACUUGCAACGUGAGGCCUCUGGGACUGUGCGCGUUGCAACCAAUAGAAACCUUGAGGUGUGAUUUUACUGGUUUUGAGGUCAAGAGAAGCUUUUGAAAAGAAACAAAUGAGAGGAUACAAGUGUCGAUGUGUGGCAAGAACUUGGACUGAGAAAUCACUGGAAGAACAUUGAUAGAUAAUUCAUGUAUAAUUAUGUUUAGACCAUGCUUAUACCUUUUAUUGAUUGUUCA